CGGCGGCAGCGAGCGCCCCUCGAAGCGCGUCUUCUACGCAGACUUCGCGUGUUGACCUCGUGCAUCACGUACGCAUCGACUUCGGACCCAGCGAACCACGAGCUAUCCCUCUUUGGCUAUGAGUAGCUAUAUCGCCCCGUCGUCUGCCGGGCCCUCCCCUCCCCCUCCGCGCUAUCGCCAGCAUACAGAGACCGCGCGAGUUUGGAGAGCACGGUCCGUGAGCUCGGGCACGAGUGGUCAGAUGCGUCGGCCUGGACGGAGAAGCGGGGAGAGGGCCCGGGGGCUGGAAGGCAGCUCGUCAAAGGCACAGGAAGGCUCGCGGAGGGUUCGCACCGGCCAUGUCAAGGCUGGCUAUCGGGAAGAUCAGCCGUGCCCGCCUGUCUCAUAUAACGGUCACGGUCACCCCUCGUCUUCGCGCCCUGCGUCCUUUUCCGGAGCGCGGUCAGACCAACGGGCAGCGUCGCAGGCAGACGCACACAACGAGGCUCAGACACGCCCGGCCGUCCGCACCUCGGGUAGUCUGCGCACGCACACUCACGUCCAGGCCCAUCACGCCCACGCUCCCCACGCACCUGCCGAGCGUAAUCCCAGUGUCCGGCGACUGACACGUUUGGGCCCUGCACAAGUACCCGCAGUCCUUCACAUUACCCCCGCCGCCCCCUCGUCUCCCCGCCCGUACCUCCCUCCCUUCCCCCGCACGCCUACCCGGCCGCCUCGCUCCGCCCCAGCCGACCGAAAUAGGUUCGGCGUCCAGCUCUCACACUCGCCGUCCGUCUCUUCUCUUUCCAGUACUGGCAUCCCCGUUACCGGACUGGGGCCCGCCUUCGAGGAGCCGUGUACGCCGUCACCCUCCCCACGCUUGCAACAGGCGCGUUCCUACAGAGCGACGCCACCACCUUCACCCACGUACCUCAUUGCGCGUAGCAUCGCAGUUCAACGGGCACGCCCAACUCUCGCCAUGUCCAUGCAGAUCCACGCCCCCGCUCCCAUCAUGUCGACCUCUUCACGGUCACUAUCGCCACCGCCUGCGUCGCUGGCUGGGCCCAGCGCUCGUGGUCGUUCCCAGUCGAGAAAACCGGUCUCGCGCUCAAGACCGGGUAGCCCUCUCACGCAAGCGGCGCAACUGCAACCACCACAACGUCCACCCCUAAUGGCACGACCAUCAAGCCGCUCUGAACGCCUCCUUCGAGAUACGCUCCGCCGUGCCGAGGAGCACGACCGCAUGCUCACCGUCAACCCGCUCCCGAGCCCGAAGCUGUCUGGGGUGUCGUUACCAGGCUCACCGUUUCUCGCGCCCACGGGCACCAUGCUCCUCAACGGCAGCCCUCCGGUGAGUGCGCAUGGGAGUCGGCGCCACAGCCGCAAGAACACUGCGUCCUCGGUAGCGAGCAUCUCAUGCGACCUCUGCGAUCUCCACUUCGACAGCAUCGGCGCCUCCGUCGCUGAGCAGGACGCGGAUGACGAGGAAGACGAAGCCCAGCGCUGGUCCGUGCACACCGGCACCUCCGCAUCCUCGUCAUCCUCCGGGCAUGGGCAUGUACACACGUACUUCCAGGCCGCGCCUACGCCACCAGGCCUGACCCGGACCCGGAGCAUCACGCAGAGUAGCCGGGCGGGUGCCGGCGACCGCGCACACUCGGACUCGGUCGCCCAGGUCACGUAUGGGACCCCGAGCUCGCCUUCUCCCGCACGCGCGCACUUGCAGCGCUCGGCCCCUUCGGCACCGCAUGUCGGCCGAGCGGCCCAGGCGCAGAGGACGUCGCCCGAGCGCGCGCCGGCGGUUACGCCGCACGAUGCGGUGUUGAGGAAUAAGCUCGAGGGCGUGUUGAGGGGCGCGAAGGAGCAGGGGAGGAGGGAGAAGAGUACCGAGAGGCGGUAUCGGGCGGACCCGGGGAGUAGUAGUGGGAGUGGAAACUCGAUGGCGAGCAGCAGGAACCUCAGCGCGGAAAGCGACCUGUUUUUCGGCGCGAAUGGCGAGUCGAGUGUCACUUCGCUCUCAUCGGCGGAGUCGAAGACGAGCCCGACGGCUACCGCGCAUAGCCGUGGCAGCUUCUCGUCUCACCGGCCGCAGAUGCUGCACCUGCAGUCCCGCUCUCCUGUGCAUUCGCCGUCGACGCCGUCAAGGCAGCUCAGUGGCCUCAGCUCACCGCCGAGCUCGGCGAACGGCUUGAGUCCGCUCACGCCGCCGCCCACGCCACCGUUCAACGCGCGCACGGCAGCCGAGCAGUGCCGCGCAAUGGAUGGCUACGUUUCAUUCGCGACCAUCGAGGGACUGGGUAUCCCCGAGGGCGCGGUAGACGAGGAUAUGGAUGACGAUGACGAGAGUAGGAGUAGGUGGUGGCGGUGGUUGAUGAUGAAGAAAAGCAGGAGCAGGAGCGAGAGCGUGGGCAGCGUCGGCGUCGGCGUCGCAUCUUGAAGGUCCGCCGUCGUUGCCAGUUGUCGGUCGGGUGGCCGGACGAUGCUGCGUUCGACGGCGCGCUGGGAGCGACUCCGCACAUCGUCGCUCUACACGGCCGGCCCUGACUCUGUGCCCUCUAUGCUCGACCUCUCGUUCUCGCUGCUUCAUCCAUGUGUUCGUAUGUCUUUGCAACUCAUCACUUCAAUGUCUUGUCUCCCCGCAUCCGCAUCUGCACCUGUCUGCCCAC